CCUAUAUCAUCCACGCUCCCCAACAGAGCCAGAUCCAGACUUUCCUUCGUUCCUUGCAUUAUUUCGCUCGGAUUGCCAGAUACUGCUGUGUUUCCGAGGUCCAGGCCACCGUUCCAAGCGACGAUGCCACCCGGAGGAAUCGUUUAUCGCAUGAGCCUGCGUAGUGAAUGCGAACCUGAGUGGAUCGCCUACACCAAGACAAGCUCCAAGCGAUUUACCAUCAACAUUACAUUGCAUAUCGUCUACGUUUUCGAUGUGACCGUCAACUUACUCUUGCGAGGCAUGAGUCUCGGAGAUAUGCCGGGUUUGGCGGUCAGCUGCUUUACCAUCCUCAUAGAGCUGAUACUGCUCCGGUCCCCAAACCUUCGGCAAUAUCUGGUUUACUCCCCGAAUUUCGUGGCGCUAUGCUCUGUUGCUUCGCUGGCAUCCCUGGUCUUGGACGGCACCAGUAUCGAGGGAGUUUCCCGAAUCGUUUGGGAGACUUCCGGAUACGCCGGCUUGGUCUUUGGCAUAUCGGCCAUCACCAAACAGCCCACAUCUUGGAUCGUCGUCGAAUUCGGCCUCUUUGUGAUCGCGAGCGGCAUUACUUGGUCGAUUCUUGAGCCGAACGACUACUUUGGCAUUCAAGGCAUCACCAUCACCUUUGACUACGUCAAGGUCAUUGCCAGUGGAAUCAUGGCAUCAUUCAUCGAUAGCUCGAUCAGCUGUGACGCAUAUCUCAUGGCUAAACGCACACCAUACUCACCGGAACACUGGGACACAGAGUUCGUCGAUGACCUCCAGACCUAUUUUUCGGAAAAGUCGAUAACCUCUGGCGAGCACAUCUUCCCGUUCUAUCGUGCCAAUCCGACCCGCCAAGACCAACAGCGUCCAUCGUUGAGGGAUCGGAUUCGAGCCUUGUGGCACAGCUGGGUGGAUCUGCGCUUCAGGAAUCCGGCUCUGGAGUUGGAGUUUCGAGAACAUCGAAACAAGCGGGCGAUGCAGCAACAUCUCAUCACCACCCUGAUCAAUCUCCUGAGCGCCAUUGUUCCGAUUCUCCUCAGUUGGAUCGACCCGAGCUCGGAAAUUCCAAGCCCGGCGUGGAAAACUGGGGCCCAGAUGAUCUAUUUUCCCGCUGUUCUGAUCAUCCCAAAUCUACUGCUUCUGUUCAAGACAGUGCGGUCGUCCGCACGGGCGGUGCAGAUGGUGAUCCUGUUCAUAUCGAUCUUGAACAUCAGCGGAUGGAUCCUCAGCCAUCUGGCAACGGUGUCAAACGGUAUAUCUGCCAACGUGCAAAUGGUCACCUUUCACCGAAGCCUGACCAACGUCGUCAUCGCCCUCUUUUCGGCCUCGGCUCAAUCUGGUCUCCUGUCGACAUUCUACCUUCCGCUACUCCCGAUAAUAUCGAUCGGCAACUUUCUACUGUUCCACUUCAUCCAGCCAGUUUUCUUCCGCUACCAAAUCAGUGCCAUUCCGCAGUCCUGUUCGGUUGCUUACUUUGUUUGCAUCGUAAGCGAGGCAGAGUCCCGGCGGGCGUUCUUGAUCCGGAAGCUACAGCGGCCGUCGAGCCAGGUUUCGAAGAAGGAGGCUGAGGCUGCAGCAGAGUCGACAACGAGCAUCAAGCGGUCUGCUUCGAUGCCAGACAGCCCACACAUCUGCUGAUACCGCCGAUCGAAUGAGGGUAUGUGAUAGUCGAUCCAGUCUGUGUCGAGUCAGAAUACCAUCCCAGCGGCUUGCAGGCCGCGAAGAGCAACGCCGAGUGAAAGACAUGGAUUUGCAGGGUCAAUCAAGAUCUGGUUUUAUUUGUGAUGCUGAGAUAUCAGUCGUCAAGGAUGUUGCGAGCUGCCACCGCUUUGGGUCUGAAAUGCGCUGUAGUAAUCAACGAAAUGCUCAUCCUGCGGAUCUUUCACCAUCGAGCUACUACGAGGUGGUGGCGAGACUGAUGGGCCACAAGGUGCAGGGGGCAUUGCUGAUGCAUAUCGAGUGCCUGUUCCUGGGACAGAGUUGUCCUGGUAAUUUACCUCCAAAAAGUUUGAUCUAUGGUCUUGUGGGUCGCUCGAUGCAUGCUUUGA